CAGUGGCAAGGAUGCAACGCAGCCCAAUCCUGCGUAUUUGAUAUCACCUGCACGAACGAGGGUGCCAUCCUAAAGCCCUUCCAGCCGUCCUUCAACUUGCCUCCGCCCUCUUCGCGAAAGCGAUUCUGACAUGUCGUAUCAGCCCACCGCUCUCUAUUACCUACCCUACCGGUGGAGGGUACGCGGACUCUUUAAUUCAUGCUGUUUUCUGACCUCUCGUUUCAACCUCCUUGGCCCUGGUUGUAGGAGUCAUCUUAUACCACCUAUCUUGACGACGCACAGUGUCGCUCCAAUGGGCGGUAACGCGAUUUGGCUCUACGGAGAAGCAAACGCGACGUAUGCCAUACGAGAAGCUGGAAUGCGAGCAACACAACAGGCUCAGGCACCCCUGCAGGCGGGGCGUACUUUACGGCGAGACGGGUUGCCUUACGGACUCAAUAUGCUCACCCUUGUCGUCCAAGCGGGACCUGUUACGAUCACGGCGCGACAGUUACAGUCGGUAUGGGCGAACCCGGGCGAGUCGUAUUCGUAUUCCACCCAGAUGGUCUAUGAUCAAAAAACAAGUGUCUCAACUGUUAUCGAAGACAUACCCGCCAUCAGUCCCUUUUUCACCGUCACUCCGAGUAACACUUGGCAGACGUCUCUAUCCUUUGGAAGAAUGGCGCUGUUGACCAAUUAUCAUGACCACUGCGCACUACCAAUCGACGCCGGGACAUCCUUCAUAGCAAUAGAAGAGAUCAGAUAUCUGGUCACUGGAUUAAACAGGACCCAAAACUACUCGGUUACACUCACGAACGUGCAAAUGGAAGUCGUCCUUUUCGACGCCGUCCUCCGUAAGUGCCGUCCGCCUGGGUACCAGACUACUACCCAGUGCAUUGUCAGGACUACUUCAGCAUUGGCAACUACAACUUCGAGAAAGGAAGGUCUGGGCAGCGGAGCGAUGGCUGGAACCAUUGUACGUGUCAUUCCGACAGCUACCAGGAAAUGCACAGGGCGGACCAGCGAUGACAUGCAAGAAGCGUACCCGCAUCCCGGCGCCUUCAAUAUCAUUAUAGCCCUUGUGAACACAAAGUCAUACGUCGAGUCCGCAGGCUCCCUGCCGGUCGCGACUGAUGGUCAACCUUCCAAUGUUGCGGAUUCGCAACAUCGCAAAUCCGAAGAUGUACUAUCGGGACUUGAUUCUUCCAACAUGGAAGGGCCUUCGACAUCGGUUGCCGGACGGGCAACGUCUCCGGCGCAUGAAGAAGACGCAGGACCAGUACCCGACUUGCUGCCCCCGCUCUAUAAUCCUGAAUGGAAUCAGAGCUCUGCAGGGAACUCUUGAGUGACGCUGUAUACAUCAUUGUCGACCUCGUAGCUGAGAUGCAUAAUCCCGAUUGCAUGAAAGGUCCGCGCUCCUGCUAGGCACCGUCCGAACACAAGACCAUACCACAGCACAGUCUCAGCCCAACAUAGGCUCACAGCAGCUACACGCCUGGUAUGACUGCGGAUAUCUGUAGAGU